AUGGAUGGGACCAAUCAGAUUCUUCCUAUCGCUUAUGGUGUUUGCAAAGGAGAGUCUAGUGAAUGUUGGACAUGGUUUUUGUCCAAGCUCAAAGAAUGCAUUGGUGAACGUGAAAAUCUAGUAAUAAUUUCAGAUCCACAUCCAUCAGUCGCAUUGGCGGUAAGGGAGCUAUUUCCAAAUUCGUUUCAUGGUUUAUGUUGUACACAUCUGGAGAUGAAUCUUAAACUAAAAAGCAAGAGUGUAAGGGCUUUGUAUCGGAAGAUAUGCAAAGUGUAUACCGUUAAUGAAUUUAGUACUUUGAUGAGUUAUCUCUCAGAUGCUCAACUAAUUGCAUUUGCUAAGCUUAGCGAAGUCGGUUAUGGAAGAUGGUCUAGGGCACAUUGUCCUGCAAAUCACAACAAUUAUUGUACGUCAAAUAGUGCGGAGUCAAUGAACGUAUUGUCAAUGAGUGCACGUAAAAUGCCAAUUACCAUGCUGAUUGAGUUUUUCCGGGAACAUGUACAAGAAAAGUACUACGAACACAGAAUAUCAGGAGUUGUUGGAUAUUUUAGUGUAAUUGGGUUAAUUGGUUAUUUUGAUCAUAACAAUACAUCAUAUAAAUAUGGUGCUGCGGAGUGCACGCUUAUACCAAUUUAUUAUGAUCUUAGGAGCAAUUCCCCAAAGAAAUGGGGGUCCGGGGACAACGCCCCCAGGAGCAGGGUCCAAGGGGUGGCAGCCCUGGUGGGGUCCAAGGGGCAGAGCCCCUGUGUUACACGCCUUCAGAGAUUGAAUUACAUAUCCCCAACAAUUGUAUCUAUAGAGUCACUUCAAGGGGAGCUUAGAGAAUGGGCAGCUGCCAAAGUUGAAGAUGAGGUUUUAAAAUUAGCCACAUGGAAAACUUAUGGCAUUGAUGACACCCAUUAUGAAGUUGAUGAUAGGAAAAGAUUUAUUGUUGAUUUCGAGAAUUGA